AUCAAACGAGGUUGUGUCCGAGGGGCUCAACCGACGUCUCUUGGUGUUAGUGAAUGUGAAGUGGUAGUGCAUCAACAACUGGGAAUACCACGGGAAUUGCUAAGGAGCUUGGGUGACCAGUGUUGGCUAUCAAAUAAAUUUUCGAGCAUGGUGGAGACCAGUGGACCACCUUUGGCAGGUCAACCGGUUGACCGACAGACGCAAUUUGGCAGUGGCAGACGUUUCGAGCCGUCAGAAUGCAUUUUUGUAUUCAAGGAUACCCAGUCGGAUUAUGAGGAACCAUCCAGUGGCGAUGAGGUGGAUCUUAAACCUCUGAGGGAACCAGCAAUUGCCGUCUCGUCACCAAAAAUCUCGGAAAAACGGAAAGCCGAGGAGGCAGACGCCAGUAAAGAUCUCAAGAAGGCAAAAUUGGAAACGAAAGCGCUGAAAGCGAAGAGACCCGGAUUCACAGACGAACGGUACAACGAGACCAGCUAUUACGUGGAGAAUGGCCUCCGGAAAGUCUACCCCUACUACUUCACCUUCACGACCUUCACGAAGGGUCGCUGGGUGGGUGAGAAGAUCCUCGAGGUGUUUGCCCGUGAAUUUCGUGCCCAUCCGGCCGAGGAGUACGAGAGAUGCAUCCGGGCUGGUACUCUCACGGUCAAUUACCAAAAGGUCGACGUCGACUACAGAUUGCGUCACAACGAUCUUCUCGCCAAUGUCGUCCACCGACACGAGGUGCCAGUCACCUCGGAGCCGAUCACGGUGAUACACAUGGACGAGGACGUCGUCGUGGUCAACAAGCCCGCAUCCAUCCCUGUCCACCCCUGUGGUCGUUAUCGUCACAAUACUGUCGUGUUUAUUCUCGCUAAAGAAUACAAUCUGAAGAAUCUGAGAACAAUUCACAGGCUGGACAGGUUGACCAGUGGUAUUCUAUUGUUCGGUCGAACACCAAAAAAAGCGAGACAGAUGGAGCAUCAAAUCAGAAAUAGACAGGUGCACAAGCAGUACGUCUGCCGUGUGGAAGGUGCCUUUCCAGAGGAUGAGGUUGUCUGUUCAGAGGCAAUCGAAGUUGUCUCCUAUAAAAUAGGAGUGUGCAAGGUAUCGGAGAAGGGAAAGGACUGCAUAACCCGUUUCAAGCGUUUAUCGUACAAUGGAAAAUCAUCAGUGGUGCUGUGCAAGCCACAAACAGGUAGAAUGCACCAGAUACGAGUGCACCUGCAGUACCUGGGUUACCCAGUGGUGAACGAUCCCCUUUACAAUCACACAGUGUUCGGUCCCGAGAAGGGAAAGGGUGGUAACAUAGGUAAAACCGAUGAGGAGCUGGUGAAGGAUCUAAUUGGCAUUCACAACGCUGAGAAUUGGUUGGGAAUGGAUGGGGACUCGGAGAUGUCACUUUUCAAACCAAAACUCGAUAUGGAGGAUCGAGUGUCGAAUUCCAGUGGUGAUAAGGACAGCAAUGGCUCGCCAUCGUCAACGCCAGGUUGUUCACCGGACGAUGAACAGCCACAGCAGCCACUUCCAUCUGCCCUCAAGGUCACUGUUGGUACGCAAACAGGUAGUGAACCACCUGAUACAAGUUUUACCAAUGACAAGGUGACGGUUGAUCCUCACUGCUACGAGUGCAAAGUCAAAUAUCGUGAUCCAAAACCAUCGGAUCUUGUUAUGUAUCUUCAUGCAUGGCGAUACUGUGGACCUGGAUGGGAGUAUGAAACACCAUUGCCUGCUUGGGCUGCCAGUGAUUGGAGUGGUGGUGAUGAUCGAUAGUCUGGGGAUUCCAUUGUUUAUCGGUCGUUGUUCAUUUUUACGUGUUUUACGAGGAGCCAUAUCUACGAGAUGACGCUGACCCUUUUUUUGAUAUCCUACCCCGUGCCUUCCAUCCGUUUGCGAGCGCCUCUUCCAGGACUUGGGUGACUUUUUUCUUUUCUUCGUUUUUUUUUUCUGGGGGUAGUGAAGUGGCCGUUGAGGGGAACCACAGCUGGCGAGAUUUUUUUUUCGGGGGCUGCACUGAGAAUUCGUCAAGCAUGUGCCCUUUUUUUUUAUCGUAAUGGUUUUUUUUAUUGCUCUGGUGGAAAAUUGGGGAUUAGAACAUUUUGGAUCGGUUUGGAAAUUAAUUUUUUUUUGAAGGUGCAUACUUCUCGCAAGUGCCUGAGGCCUUGGGAAAAAUAUUUCUUUACUCUGUGUGCUUGUGGAUAUUUGACAGUGAAGAUAAUUGAACUAGAAAUAUUUUCAAUGACUCCCCCAUGUUUUUGUUUAAAUAAUUAAUUCCAGGGAAUGUCAUAGGGAUGGAUAAUCAUCACUGAGUGAUCAGUGAAAAAUCAAACUUCCAAAUCUCUCUAUUCCAGGCACAAUUUAGUUUGGAAUUCUGACGUUUUGGGGCAACUGUAAAUGAGGGAAUUCAGCUGUCGGAUGGUGGAACGAUUUGAAAGAUUUAAAUCAGAUCUGAGAGUGGCAGAUAAUGGAAGUAUUUUUCACCAGUGCAGAAUUAGAUCCCAAAGAUUUUGUUGUGAUAUUCAGGGAAAAGCAAACUCGUCUGCCACUUCACAACAGAAUCGAAGGUUUUAACAUUUUCAUUUAUUAUUCAAAAAUGGUCAACCAAGAAUGGAGGCUUCAAUGACGACAUUUAUUAUAGUAGCUUCCGGUCCCCGGAAUGGUGGGACCAAUCACCCGCGCCUCGUAGCGUUGCUUCUCUUCCGAUGAAUAAGUAAACGACAAAUCGAUGAAAAUAACUCGUAACGAGCAAUUCAUUCCAAAAUUAACCACUUAAAUCCCUUCGUUUUAUCACUCGCCUCAGCUUUUCUCGGCGCGUGUCAUAUUGAUUAAUCAUUAAACACCGAGCAAACAUUUUAUUUUAAUACUUGCCCGAAAUUCCAUCACUCAAAUGUCAUUGACACUCAUUGCAUUCCCCGCACUAAAAAAAAUUUUUCAUUUUAACGACAGAUAUCGAAAUGAUUUUUUUUUUUUGGCUGACCCAGAAAAAGAAUUGGUGGAAAAAAAAUUUAUCUCUUAGGAUGGAAAUGUAUUCGUUUAUGGAUUCGAAUAAAUCAGUUUUUUAUGAUUACGCGAAAUGCUCGUUCGAGUUAUUGUCACUUUUGUUCAAAUAGCAAGGAUCUGUUAGCUCGCAUUGAAAAGUAGAGAGACGUCUAUUUUUAUAGGCCGAUUAUACAGAAAGAAUGAGAAAUAAAGAGACACGGUGCGUGCCCACACUAUUCAAUUCCGUGGUGGAGUGGUAGUAAAUUGGAAAUAUCUCCGGAACAACUGGGUGUAUCGAAAAAUGCUAAAAAACUUUUUUUCUAUCCCACAAAAUUCCCUACAAAAAGUUCCCGUACCAUUUUUCCCUCGGCCCACUGCUUCCCGAGAUAUCCACAAUUGUAUUUAUUCACAUUUGUCUCUAAUUUGUCCUACCACUUUACCAUUCAAUCAAUCAUCAAAAAUAAAUUUUAAAAAUUAUAUAAAAAUUAUUCAAUCAAUGAGCACGACAGUGCGAAUUUGGUAGCAUCCGUGAGCUUUAAAUCAUAUCAUCAAAAAGUGAUAAAAAUAUCCGGUAUCAUCAGUCACAGAUAAUACAAAGUGAAAAGAUCAGAAAUAUCGUAUCGUAUUGUUUUCAUUGAGGACCCACAGGUUGUCUGUUACGUAUUUGCAUCGACAACUCAAUUGUACGAGUCACCGAUGCGUGACAAAGUGUAAUACUCCUCCAUCAAAAAAAUAAUACCACCGAAACCAAAAAAGAAAGGAACCACCGGAUUGGAAAAUAUUAUUUUAUUACUCGAUCACGCAUGUCUCCGAAUUGGCCUUAGUGUUGUAUAUCGAGAGCGUGGCUCAACGCGAGACGAAAACUUAGAAAAAAAAAAUCAUAAUAGUAAGAAAAUUCAAAGAACUAAUAAUCUUAAAUGGCAAAACCAACGGACCUACCAUAAAAGACAGUUUGUGCGCUUACUAACAAGAGAGAAAACCGAUUCAGCAGUGAAGUAGUUUUCCAAUGAUAUCCCGAAAUCUACCGGAGAUACCACAAUUUUUGACUCGACCUUUUUUGCAGAUGACAAUCUGCCCGUCAAAAAAGGUCUCCAUAAAAAUUCCGUUAUCUCGCGUCUAUUCCGAGAUAUCUCCCAAUAACUGUUAUGCAAACAGUUAAAUUAAUUUACCCUUUUCCACCACUUCACUACUGACUCUAAUUAAAAAGAAGAUGAAUUCCCCUUGAAUUUAUCGUAUCAUGUAAUCGCUACGUUAAUGUAUGUAAAGGUAAGAUUAAUAAAUAAAAACUAACGUUUAUUGAUGAUAAUAAAGUAAAUAAAAUAAAGGAAAUACAAAAAUGAAAGGAAGAUUGCUGCUGAGACAGAGGAAACGUCACGUGUGAGAGAUUUAGUGGCAUGAGAAAGAGGAAAAUCUUGUCUGUCAAAUGAACGAGCGCUUUUGUAUAUAUUAUAUAUAUUGUAUACGCACAUUGUAAUGACGUAUUAUCGUGUAUCGUAACGGAUCGUUAGCGUUCGUGAGUAAAAACCCAUUUUGUGGAGGUGGAGAAUAAAAAUUCUUGUAUAAUGAACGAAUAAAUGCUAAUUAUUGUUCGGUAAA